GAGCAAUGCUUGAUUUUGACCUUGCAGAGCGCUGCAUAUCUGACAUUUCUCUCUCAAACUCCAGCCGGCUCUGUCCUCAUCUGAAAGCAGCAGGGAGAAGACCAGAGAAGAGGCCUCUGUCUUUGUUGUGUCACCAGGACUGAACCGCUUCAGGCCAGGCUGCAUAAAAACACCUGACCUGAGCUCGUCUCCAGGCCACCAGCUCCCUGAACCUCACCUUCCUCCAAAAAACCAGCGCUGACCAGUUCGUCCCGGCUCCACUCGGCCCGAACAGGCCCCAGCAGCCUGACCCCCUCCCCUCCCUCUCUUGUUUAUCCAGCCGAUCACAAUCUAGCCGGUCCGCUGUCUCCAUGGAGCGCGUUCAGCACAUGACCAAGUCGGCCAUCCGCCGAGCCUCCAUGAUCGAGGUGAACCCGCAGGCCAAGAGGAACCUGCAGGAGCUGUUCGUCAACUUCAGCCUCAUCCUCAUCUGCCUGCUGCUCAUCUACAUCAUUGUCCUGCUGAGCAGCUGAGAGCAGCAGAGCCGGAGGGAGUCGGGUUUGGCUGAGAUAUGGGCUCUUUUUUUUUUUUUUAAUGCAGGUCGUAUUUCUAAUUAAGCAAUAACAACAUCCCCAUAUAUCAGCCGAACCCUGCCUGACAACAGCUGAAAACAACAAUGGUCAAACUCCAUCAGAGCUGAUCAGAGAUCAGCUGUCUCUCUCUCUCUCUCUCUCUCUCUCUCUCUCUCUCUCUCUCAAGGGAAUGAUCUAAAGUGACCCGCCUUCAACAUGUUUGAACUUCACUGUGUGUUCGUAUAUAUCUGCUCUGAUCGUGUCCCGCUUCACUAACAAUAGGUGCAAUGUGCAAAAUACUGAAGUAUAUCAAUGCAUCGCUGCUGUUUAAUUUACAUUUGCCAUGAGCACAGUUGCUUUGCUGCGGCCCACCAGCAGGAAGAUAAAGAUGCGGAGAGCAUCUUCAACCUUUAGGCAGCUUACCUGCAGGUGUCUCCGAUGGGCUACAUGCACAUAUAAUGCACUAUAUGUAUAUGCAAUAUUUUAUUUGGGCUUCAGAGAUUAAUGUACAUCCGUUAUGAAGUAUGCAAAGAGCUGACCUGGCAGUUUAUCAGCAGUGAGGGACACUUUGCAUGGUGUGAUUUAACUUAAUGACGUUUUCUGUUUAUGCCAUUUCACGUCAAGCUGUUAUUGACUAAUGCUGACUUUUUUUUUGGUUAAUUACAGCACGUGUCCACAUUUUUUGACAAGUUACCACAUUUACAUGUAAUUUAUCUUCACUAUAUUAGCCAUGGCUGAAAAUGUAAAAAAUUAAAACUGUGGUUUUGUUCUUCUAUGUCUGUUUGGAAGAUUGUACCACCUGACUUUAAAACUAUGGAACAAAGAAAUUGCAUGUCAAUGAAAUUAAAGUGGUUCUCCUGCUGCAA